GCUACUAGUAUUAGUUGCCACGAGCCCAGGACGACUCUGCUCCGAUCAUAUCUGACCGUGUCGUCGUCUGCCUAUAGCUUCUUGGCCAUCGAUCGAGAAGCUCUUGCUUGCUUCGAUCCAGAGGGGGGGGGGGGGGAGAGCAAGAAUGAGCAGUAGUAGUGGAUCUGCACGGGAUCAUAAUAAUGGCGGCGGCGGCGGCUCGCCGGAGCUGAGGGAGGCGCUGCUGGGCGCGCACGACGACGGCAAGGGGACGAGCGGAAAGAAGGAUGACCUGGAGGAGAUCCGGAGCGUGGGGGCGUUCAUGCGGCUGGCGGCGGAGGAGAACCGGCGGCUGUGGUACCUGGCCGGGCCGGUCAUCUUCACGUCGCUGGCGCAGUACUCGCUCGGCGCCGUCACGCAGGUGCUCGCCGGGCACCUCACCACGCUCGAGCUCGACGCCGUCUCCACCGAGAACAUGGUCAUCGCCGGCCUCGCCUUCGGGAUCAUGUACGGCAUGGGGAGCGCGCUGGAGACGCUGUGCGGGCAGGCCUAUGGCGCGAAGCAGCUCCACAUGCUGGGCGUCUACCUGCAGCGCUCGUGGGUGAUCCUCACCGCCAUGAGCGUCCUCCUCCUCCCCAUCUACCUCUUCGCCACCCCGAUCCUCCGCUUCUUCCACCAGGACGACGACAUCGCGCUCCUCGCCGGCCGCUUCUCCCUCUACAUGAUCCCGCAGCUCUUCGCCUACGCCCUCAACUUCCCCAUCCAGAAGUUCCUGCAGGCGCAGAGCAAGGUCGUGGCCAUGGCCGUCGUCUCCGCGCUGGCGCUGCUCUUCCACGUCGCGCUCAGCUGGCUGCUGGUGGUGCCGCUCGGCAUGGGCCUCGUCGGCCUCGCCGUCGCGCUCAACGUCUCGUGGUGGCUCGUCGUGCUGGGGCAGCUCGCGUACAUCGUCAUGGGGUGCUGCCCUGGAGCCUGGAACGGCUUCGACUGGCUCGCGUUCGCCGACCUCUUCAGCUUCGCCCGCCUCUCCGUCGGCUCCGCCAUCAUGCUCUGCCUCGAGUUCUGGUUCUACAUGUUCCUCAUCGUCAUCGUCGGCAACCUGCCCAACGCCCAGGUCGCCGUCGCCGCCGUCUCCAUCUGCACGAACUUGUUUGGGUGGCAGAUCAUGGUGUUCUUCGGGUUCAACGCGGCGAUCAGCGUGAGGGUGUCGAACGAGCUGGGCGCGGGGCGGCCGCGGGCGGCCAAGUUCGCGAUCCUGGUGGUGCUCAUGUCGUCGGUGGCCAUCGGUGUCGCCUUCUUCGUGGCCGUGCUGCUGCUCCGGGACGUGUACGGGGCGCCGUUCACGGAGAGCCCGGAGGUGGUGAGGGCGGUGGCGAGCCUGGGCGUGGUGUUCGCCUUCUCCCUCCUCCUCAACAGCGUCCAGCCGGUGCUCUCCGGCGUGGCCGUCGGCGCCGGGUGGCAGUGGCUGGUCGCCUACAUCAACCUCGGCUGCUACUACUGCGUCGGCAUCCCCGUCGGCUACGCCAUCGCGUUCCCGCUGCGGCGCGGCGUGCAGGGGAUGUGGGGCGGCAUGCUCACCGGAGUCGGGUUGCAGACGGUGAUCCUGGUGGCCAUCACGGUGAGGACCAACUGGAGCAAGGAGGCGAGCGAGGCGCACGCGAGGAUCCAGCACUGGGGUGGCACGGCCAAGCUUGCCGAGCCCAUCUAGCUCACCUACAUCAUCCAUGGCGCAGCUCCAUUGCUUCUUCUGGAUGCACUGGAUGUGCAGGUGCAGAGUGCACUAAUUAAUAUUCCAUCUGUUUCAUAUUAUAGGACUUUUUGACAUUGUUUAGAUUAAUUUGUAUGAUAAUAAAUUUAAACGCAUAUACAAAAUAUAUACAUUAAUAUAUGGAUGAAUCUAGACAAACUCAGCAAAAUCUUAUAACAUGUAAAGGAUGGAGUAUAAGAUGAUGUGAGUAGACUAAUUAAGUUGGUUUUGUGUGUUGGCAAUUUGGUCUGAGUCUCUGUUUGGUCAAUGGAUCAGAUUUUAUGAAGUAUUG